AUGAAGAUGAUGAUGAUGAUGAUGAUGAUGAUGAAGAGAAACGCGACAAAGACGAGCGCGGGGAGAAACACACACACUUUUGCCUGCCGCUGCUUCGAUGAUCGUCGUCAUCAAAGCGGAGAUUAUUGCGACGAUGAGAGCAGACUUUUAGUCACCACCACCACGACGAGAAGAAGAAGAAGAAGAAGAAGAAGAACGAACGAUAACAUCAACAAUAGGAGUAAUAGUACGACGAGUACGAGUCGUUUUCAUCGCGUCUCUCCUCUCCGAGCAGUUUUGAAGAACGGGGAUGAAAAAGAAGACGAAGACGCAGACAAAGAGCAGCAGAUUCAGCAGCAACGACGAGUAUUAACGACAGAAGAAGAGAACGAACGGACGAUGUUCGCGCGAACCUCGUCUUCGCUCGUCUCGAAAACGAAGAGCAACAGCAACACCGCGGCCAGGAAAGAAGUUCCGAAUAUAUACGGCAUCCCUCGCGACGCGGUCUUCGCUCCGCUCGCCGGUUUGUUGGUAUCGCAGUUCGUCUUGUACAUCGGCGUGGGCGUUUUGUUACCGGCGUUGCCUUUGUACGCGCAAUCGAUUGGAUUGUCGCAAAGCGCAAACGGGUUAGUUAUUAGCGCGCCGGCGUUGGCGAUGUUGAUAUUGAACGUGCCGACUGGGCAGAUGGCGGAUAGGUACGGGCGGAAACCAGUGAUGAUUGCCGGACUUGGAAUUAUGGCGGUGGCGGAUAUCGGGACGGCGCUGGCGAAGACGAUGGUAUUUUUGAUUCCGACGAGGUUGUUGCUCGGGGUUGGUCGAGCGGCGUGCGAAGGCGGAGAUCGAGCGUAUUUAGCAGAUUUGACGAAACGCGUGCCGGAGAAACGAGGUAUUAUUACCGCCGCCCAAGCUAUGGUGCACGGUUUCGGUUUAGUCAUAGGCCCGCUCAUCGGAGGGUCGGCGUUGGACGAGUACGGACCGGCGACUGCAUUUUACGUCGUCGGUUUUGCCGCGGUUGGGACUGCAAUCGGAUACGCGUUUUUACCGGAAACUUUAUCAGAGUCCGAGCGGUCUACGGACGAAGAUUUCUUUGGUUCUGCGGAUGAUAACGACGACGGAGAUGCGAACAACGCCGCGAACAACAACGGCAACACGAUGCCUUCGUUUUUAAAGUUUCUCAAUUUAAAGAACAUGACCAAGAGAGAUAAGAAAUCAAAUCUCGGAAAAUUAUUGAAAGAUCCCGAUCAAAGAUUGCUGUUGACGUGUGCUGCGGCGAAUUCCUUCGGCUUUGUCGCGAAAUUGACCGUGAUUCCUCUGUUUGCGUCCGGUCAACUCCACGCGACUUCUUUGCAAGUCGGCGAACUCUUCUCCUUGACUGCGCUUUUAGGUUUAGCGACUGCGCCGGUUUCUGGUUUACUCUCGGAUGCCAUCGGUAAACGAUGGGUGUUAACCGGCUCGCUCGCGUUGUGUGCGCUCGGUUUAGCCGUCGGCUCUGGUUCGGAAGAUUUAGAAACGCUUCGUCUCGCGGUUGGAUGCUGGGGCAUCGGCUGCGCCGCGGCUGGUCCGGCGGUCAACGCGUUAGCGCAAGAAAUCGCUCCAAAAGGUGGCGAAGGCGAAAGCUUAACGCUUCCUAAAACCGCCGCCGAUAUCGUCUUUCUCGUCGGUCCAAUCAUUUUAGGUGGCGCGAACGAUUUCACCGAUUCCCAAGGCGCCGGGAUUUUAAUCACCGCUGCCAUCGCCGGCGUCGCUUCCAUCGUCUGCGCGUACGGCGCGGUUACGUAUAAGAAACCGCCCCAACGCUUCGGUUAA